UUCACUGAUUUAGAGUGAGUGGUGGAGGUCUUCAAUUACCUGUCUGAAAAUUCAAGGGGAGUUUUUAAUAAAUUAUCAAUGGACUGGAUCUGGAACUUUUCCAAGGAAACCUGGUUUUUCCUGGCUCUCAGUCUCCUGCUUCUGUAUCUCUACGGUACAUACACACAUGGAUAUUUUAAAAAACUGGGAAUUUCUGGUCCCAAACCUCUGCCUUUUGUUGGGAAUCUUUUGUCCUAUAAGAAGGGUUCAUGGAUGUUUGAUAUAGAGUGUCAUAAAAAGUAUGGAAAAAUGUGGGGGUUAUAUGAAGGUAGAGAACCAGUUUUAUUAAUCAUGGAUCCAGAUAUGAUCAAAACUGUAUUUGUCAAAGAAUUUUACUCUGUCUUCACCAACCGCCGGCGGAUUCGUCCAUCUGUCAUGAUGAGAAACUCAGUCUUUUCAGCUGAAGAUGAACAAUGGAAGAGAAUACGGACAUUGCUAUCACCCACUUUCACCAGUGGAAAAUUGAAGGAAAUGUUCCCCAUUAUUGAACGGUAUGCAGGUGUAUUGUUGAAAAACCUGCAGCAAGAAGCAAAGAAAGGUGCACCAGUAUCCAUGAAAGAGAUCUUGGGGGCCUAUAGCAUGGAUGUUAUCACUGGCACAUCAUUUGGAGUAAACAUCGACUCCCUCAACAACCCGCAAGAUCCUUUCGUACAGAAAGCGAAGACGCUCAUAAAUUUUGAUUUUUUCAAUCCAUUGAUUUUCUUAGGGUUUCUCUUUUCAUUCUGUGUCCCAAUAUUUGAGAUGUUAAAUUUGUCUGUGUUUGCAAAAGAAUCUAAACAAUUUUUCAUAAACUUUGUAAGAAGAGUAAGAAAAAAUCGCCUAGACAUGAACCAGAAGCAUCAGACAGAUUUUAUUCAGCUGAUGAUUAAUUCCCAGAAUUCCAAAGAGACAGAGUCUUAUAAAGCUCUAUCUGAUGUAGAGAUUACAGUUCAAUCAAUUUCUUUUAUCUUUGCUGGAUAUGAGACAACUAGCAGUACUCUUUCCUUCAUUAUGUAUGAAUUGGCCACUCACCCUGACAUCCAGAAGAAACUGCAACAGGAGAUUGAUGCAGCUUUGCCCAAUAAGGCAUUUCCUACCUAUGAUAUUCUGGCAGAGAUGGAGUACCUGGACAUGGUGGUGAAUGAGACUCUCAGGUUAUAUCCAAUUGCUAACAGACUCUCAAGGGUCUGUAAAAAAGAUAUUGAAAUUAAUGGAGUGUUCAUUCCCAAAGGAACAGUUUUGGUGGUACCAGUAUUUGCUCUUCAUCAUGAUCCAAAAUACUGGAAAAACCAUGAGGAUUUCUUCCCUGAAAGAUUCAGUAAGAAGAACAAGGAAAACACUGAGCCUUAUGCAUUCCUGCCCUUUGGAAUUGGGCCCAGGAACUGCAUUGGCAUGAGGUUUGCACUUAUGAACAUGAAAAUUGCUAUCACCAGAAUCCUGCAGCAUUUCUCCUUACAACCUUGUAAAGAAACACAGAUUCCCCUGAAACUAAGCAGAAAAAAUAUUCUUCAACCAGAAAAAUCCAUCGUUCUGAAGGUUGUAUCAAGAAAUGGAACCUAAAGCAGAGCCACAAUUUCCCUCAGGACUGUGGCUAUGUUCUUGAACCUGCUGUAUUCCAGAAUACUGUGUUAAGUUCUUUUGGGAAAAAAAAACUCAGCAAAAAAUUAAUCAAUCCACAUCCUUCGAAUGAAUAGUUUAGUACAUUCAUGGAGCUUGUUCAGUGUCAUAUAUUAUCUGCUGUAUUAUAUAAAGAAAAUGACUGAGUCAAUGUCAGAUAGGUAGAUUCAGCUUCUCUGAUUAUCAUGGGACCACUUUCAUUCACCUUAGUUUAUAGUGCUGAUUAAAGUAAACAUUUCUUCAUAAUUUAUCAAAAAAAUCUAAUGAUAAUGGAAUCAUGAUAACUCUAUCACAUUUAUAUAAAAUAUUUUAUAAUGCAGUCACUGGUUAUGUGGGCCUGCUGUUAAUUACAUUUGGAUUACUAGGAAAUGUGUGAUUUAACAAAUUUUGUGCUUAUUGCUUGCAAAGUGUAUUCAUAGUUUAUUUUGUUUUGAAAUACAUUUUUUGUGAAACUCGAUGAAAAACGUAUAUUUUUCUUUGUUUUCAUUUACUACUCUUUGUCUUUAUGCUCCUGGAUGUUCAGGAAAAUGUUUUCAUUGCCUUUUCACAUUCCUUCCAAGCCCAAUACCUCAAUGGAAUAAACAAUGAAAUAAAAAUGGCUGUUCAGUUCAUCUGAAAAGAA